AUGGAAAUACACAAAAACAGACUUACUCAUCUACGAACAGGCAUGAAUCGUGAUAAAGAUACAAAGUGGAUGAAAAUUGAGUUGGUAUCUGGCCUGGAAAUCGAUGCUUUAUGGCGCACAAUUCUCGACAAGAACCAACCACAGGCUCCAUGCAAUUUCGUAAUCCAAUUUAAAAACAAGAAGGAAACUACAUUCCUCGACAAUCCUCCUCCUCGGAUCGAUCGGGAAGAUGGUGGUCUUGAGGUCGUUUUGCCAAGGAAAAGAAAACAACUUCCGCCUUAUCGACAGGAAGUUGCAGAAGAUCUUCAUAUGGAACGUUGCUUCAUAGUUGGCUUUACUUGCACGAGAAGGCACUAUAUUACCAUGACCUGCCAUUGUCGUGAGGGCACUUUGGCACAUCAGGACAACAUUGUCAUGUCUGGCGGUACCACCAUGUACCCUGGUAUUGCUGACCGCAUGCAAGGGGAAAUCACUGCCCUCGCUCCUUCCACCAUCAAAGACAUGGAAACCAUUUCUCAGAAACAAACAAUUAGUCUUACUAAGCGUGGAAAUUAUUAUACAAAUGCGUUGCUCACAUGA